GGAUGCAGCAUGUUCCACGUCGUCUCCCAUAUUCACGAUCACGAGUCAUGCCUCUGCCUCUUGGUUUGGUGUGAGACAGUGACUCCGAGGUUGUGGAAACACAGCAAUAAAAGAAACAUAAACAAGAACAACAACAUCACAGUUUACAACCAUGGAAAGGAUCAAAAUCUCACACCGCACUCUCAUCUUCCCUUCUCACCCACCCUUCACCCACGACCACCCUCUCCCUCUCUCCCACCUCGACACCGACCCCAAUCUCCACCUCACCUUCCGCUACCUCCGCGCCUACGUCUCAACCGCCGCAACAACCUCCCUCGACCCCUUCCACGUCAUCGCCGCCGCCCUCGCCCGCGCCCUCCCCCACUUCUACCCCCUCGCCGGAACCCUCCGCCACCGCCAACACCACCCCCGCCGCCUCGAGCUCUGGUGCGCCGCCGCCCAGGGCGUCCCCCUCGUCCGCGCCGCCGCCGACUUCACCCUCGACUCCGUGCACCACCUCGACGACCCGGCCUCCCCCUUCGCGGAGCACCUGGCGCCCGACCCGGGACCCGAGGAGGCCAUGGAGCACCCGUGCGCGCUCCAGGUGACGGUGUUCGCGUGCGGCGGGUUCACCCUGGGCGCCGCCAUGCACCACGCGCUCUGCGACGGCAUGGGCGGGACCAUCUUCUUCAAUGCGGUGGCGGAGCUGGCGCGCGGCGCCGCCCGGAUAACGGCGGAGGCCGUUUGGGAGCGGUCAAGGUUGUUGGGCCCCAGGGAAGCGGCCCGGGUUGAUUCGGCGCUGGUUGGAGAGUUUCUGCGUUUGGAGAAAGGGGCUUUGCCGUAUCAACAAGACGUUGGCAAUGUGGCGAGAGAGUCCUUUCACGUGAGGAAUGAGUGGUUGGACAACUUCAAGAGCUCCUUGUUCCAGAACUCUGGCUCUAACUUCACUGUUUUUGAGGCUCUUGGUGCCUACAUUUGGAGGGCCAAGGUCCUGGCCUCUGGAGUGGAGGGUCAUGAGAAGGUUAAGUUUGCUUACUCAAUUAACAUACGGAGACUGGUAAAGCCAUCACUGCCUGCUGGCUAUUGGGGCAACGGUUGUGUGCCAAUGUAUGUUGAGCUUAGUGCCAAAGAUUUGAUAGAGAAACCCAUUUGGGAAACUGCAGAGUUGAUAAAAAAGAGCAAAAGUAAUGUGAGUGAUGAGUACGUUCGGUCCUACAUCGAUUACCAGGAGCUGCAUUUUGGGGAUGGGAUCACAGCGGGAAGAGAGGUGAGUGGGUUCACUGAUUGGAGGCACUUGGGCCAUUCCACUGUGGACUUUGGGUGGGGAGGCCCAGUUACUGUUUUACCCCUCGGAAGGAACCUACUUGGGAGUCUCGAGCCUUGCUUCUUUUUGCCUUAUUCUACAGCCACUCCAGGGAAGAGGGAGGGCUUCCAGGUUUUGGUCAAUUUGAGAGAGCCUGCCUUGCCUGCUUUCAGACAACACAUGAAACUCUUCUCCCAAUAAUGUCGUGUAAUCAAAAUUAUAAACACUUAUUCCAGGGUAUGAAUCUUAUUCUUAAGAGUUAUUAUAAGAUUCAUGCAAUUGAGUGUAGGUAUUAUUUCAAGUGUAUGAUGACGUCUUUCACGCCUACAUAGGUCAUGAUGUAGGUCAAAUAAUUCUUGACCUUUGGCAAGAGUUCGACCAUAGCUAGAUAAUUGGGCUUUAUAUUAAUGGACCAACAUAUUUUAUUUA